AUGCAGCACCAGGAAUCGACGAGCCCUCCCGGGUGGGCGCAAACGCUAUUACAGCAGAUAGCACAGACCCAGGCUAUGCAGAACGAAGAAAGGGAGCGGCGUCACCAGCAAGAUGCUGCUCAAGAGGAGCGGAUGCGUCGCCUCGAGGCAAUGCUGGAGCAUCAGGCCUCACUAGCCAUAACGACAACCACGACGAACGAAGGGCAGGCGACACCUGCACGAUCAGCCACCGAAUCGGUGCCGGUUCCCCCACGAACAGAGAUUGUUCACCGACCGAAACCACGUCUCCCGGACCCAAAACCAUUCGGUGGAAGCACGAGCGAUUGGCCAACCUGGCGCAUUUCGAUGGAGAACAAGCUUAGUGUGGACGGCGAAGCUAUCGGUUCCCCUCAAGACCAAUUCAUGUACGUAUUCUCUAGACUAGAGAAGCUCGCCUGGAAGAAUACUGGAACCUUCGUGAAACUCCGCCGGAACACUGGCGAACCGCAAGCCUUACUCGGCCACCUUGAGAAUAUCUACGGAGACCCGAAUAUCAAAGCACGCGCAGCAAGACGACUCCACCAGAUUCGACAACCAGAAGACAUGAGCUUUUCUAGGUUCCUUCCUAGACUAGAAAAGGAAUUCGCUGAUGCAGACGCUCUUGAAUGGCACGACGAGGCAAAAAGGCAGAUCCUUCUUAGCGCGCUCAAUAAGACCAUGACGAAUGCGUUAAUGAAUCGAGGCAUCCCUGCUACCUCGGCGGACCUGAUCUCCCGGCUUCACGAGAUCAGCUCAGAUAUGGAUGCCCUUAAUAUCAACAAAGAGGAACGAACACGUCGUCCGCGCUCGCCUAGACAAAAUAGCGAUGAAAUGGAUUGGACACCGACCGUGUCGGUAACCCGUGCCGAACCACACACGAAACACCGCCGACCCGAAAGCGGAACGCCGAGACAAGCUCAAUGGGUUAGUCAGGACGAGAUAGAUCGGCGACGUGCUGAAGGGAAAUGCCUACGAUGUGGAAAAUCUGGACACCUUAUCGCGAGGUGCGCGCUCCUACCGGCACAACGGCCGAAUGGUACACGUAUCGCUACUACCUCGAGCAAGAAGGGAAAGGAGCGCACGGUCAAAGUGAAGAAGUCGAAGCCUGCAAGUGACCUAGAUUCAGUAAUAACGGCUUCUGACGACGAGAGUGUGACUACUGAGGAUGAAUCGGGAAAAGAGUAG